UCUAUGAGCCUAUGAUCAAUGUAUAAUCUACGCUUCAAGUUUUUAAGCUAUAGCACUAUUUACCUCUAAAUUUACCUACUGUUUAUUUAUGCAAAAUUAAUUUAAAACACGAGAUAUAAAAAUUGCAAUCCAAUUGUUCUGAAUUUGAUUUUGUUUUAAUUUUUUUACUAUUAACAAGGCUUAACUUUAAAUAUGAGCAAAAAUAAAAAGAAAAGUUUGCCUUCGGCGGUGAUUGAUCUUACAUCCUCAUUUACGUUGGCCGAUCACUGUACAUUAUCAGAUACUAUCAUAGAUCUCGCGAAUGAUGAAUCUUUUGAUUUGUCUGUAAAAAAUAAAAAUCCCACGAAACGUAGUUCAAAUAACAGUACACCUGAGAAGACAUCAAAGGUAACAUCUAAGAAAAGAAAAAAGUCAUCAAAUAAUGCCAGGGUUUGUCCAAUUUGUUUGGAUGAGCUAGGAAAAAAUCCAUUGUCUUCUACUAAGUGUGGUCAUGUUUUUUGCCAAUUGUGCUUAGAACAAUCUUUAGCACUUGAGAAAAGAUGUCCUACAUGUAGACAAGCACUCAAAGGAAAAACAGCAUAUCAUCCUUUAUAUUUACCAUCAGAAAAUUGAAUAAAUAAUAUAUUA